CAGGUUCUCACUGCAGAUGGGUUGUCUUGCAUUGUCGCUUUGCACUUGAACUGGACCGACUCCACUAAGUACCGUGCGAUUCUUGCGUUGCUCCACUUCAACAACUCUGCAAUUUUAGUCUCUUCAGAUCUUUCAUUCCCUCCACAACAAUGGCUUCCCCUCCUUUCUGUUGAAAUUCCAGUUUUUCUCUCACUUCGAACUGUAAAAUCUUUUCUUGUCACCUCACCUCACCUCACCUUACCAAACCAAGAUCUUUCUGCUCAUUACCUGCUUCCUUCUUUCUGCAGUAUACUGAAUUUAACGGCUGGACGUGCGCUCAAGAAUUUAGCGGAGUUUAACAGUUGAAUCUGAGCCACGGAACAACUUGGACUAACUAGCUUUUCUGGGUUAAUCUCAUUUUCUUCAAAAAAUGAAGAACUUCUGGGUUCCUCUCUGUUUCUUGUUUCUCACUCUAUCCAUUUCUCCUCCAGUCUCAACCGCUCAGCUCACUCCGACCGAAGUUCGAAUCCUCUUCCAAGUGCGGAAGCUUCUCGAAUACCCCGAAGCUCUUCGGGGAUGGACGAACUGGACCAACUUCUGCUUCCUCCCUCCCUCCCCCUCCCUCACAAUCGUCUGUACAAACAACCGCCUAACCGAAUUGACUGUCAUCGGAAACAAAACUAAAACCUCCCCUCCAAAACAGAGCACUCUGUCCAAAUCCUUCUCCAUCGACUCUUUCUUCACCAUGCUCACCAAGCUCUCCAACCUCAAAUCCCUCUCAUUGGUCUCCCUCGGCCUGUGGGGCCCGCUUCCGCCGAAGAUCAACCGGUUCUGGUCGCUCGAAACGCUCAACCUCAGCUCCAACUCCAUCUCCGGCGAGAUUCCGGCUUCUCUUGGCUCGAUCAAGAAUCUCACGAGCAUAAAUUUGGCUGACAAUUUCCUCAACGGAAGCGUUCCGGAUCUCGGACCCCUAACAUUUCUCCAAGAAAUCAACCUCGGAAAUAACAAGUUGGGUCCUGGAUUUCCCUCGUUGGGAAACAGUAUUCAAAUCAUCGUUCUCAGAAACAACUCCAUGAGAUCUGAGAUUUCGACUGGACUGAAUAACUUCGAUCAGCUGACGGAACUGGACAUCUCCUACAACAGGUUUGUGGGUCCCAUACCAUCUUUCCUCUUCUCGCUGCCCUCCAUUCAAUUCAUCAAUCUCUCCCAGAACCAGCUCACUGGGGCUCUGUCCACCAACGCAACCUGCGGCAAAAACCUCAGAGUUUUAGACAUUUCCCAGAAUUUGCUGAUUGGGAAGCUGCCCACCUGCGUCGGGUCGAACUCGAAGGCGUCAAACAGGACGGUUCUGGAUUCGUGGAACUGUUUGUCGAGUGGGAACUCGAAGUACCAGCAUCCGUAUGCCUUCUGCCACAGGGAAGCUCUGGCCGUGAAGCCGCCGGCUGAAACUGCGGGGAAGAAGGAGGAGAACAGAAUAAAGCUGGGUGUGUUGCUGGGUGUGAUUGCCGGCAUUGUGGGUGUUGCUGGUGGUGUUGGGUUGCUGAUUGUGGUGAUUGUCAAAAGGGCAGGGGAGAGGAGCACAGAGGAUCGAUUUGACAGAUCCAAGGUGGAGAAAAUCUCAGUCAGAAGCUCCCCAAAGCGUAAUGUCAAUGCAAGGCGUGUGCCCCAGUUGAUGAGGCUGCCAACACUCGGGCUCCCCCCGUAUCAAGUUUUCACGCUCGAAGAAAUCGAUGAUGCAACAAACAAUUUCGACACUGCGAAUUUGAUCACGGAAGGACCUCAAGGACAGGUGUACAAGGGGUGGCUGAGAGAUGGUUCACAAGUGCAAGUGAAAUGUGUGAAGUUAAAGCAGAAGCAGUUGCCACAAAACUUGAAACGGAGCAUGGAAGGCUUGUCAAAGAUGAGGCAUAAGCAUCUGGUCAGCCUUAUCGGACACAGCGCUGUCACGUACCAGGACCAUCCCACCGCAUCUAACACGGUAUUUAUUGUUCUUGAGAACGUCACCAUCGGGUCGCUGAUGGACCAUCUCACCGAUUGGAGAAAGAAGGAAUGGAUGAAAUGGCCGCAGAGAAUGGCGGUUACCAUCGGCAUUGCCAGAGGAGUCCAGUUCUUGCACACCGGCGUGGCUCCCGGCAUCUUUGGGAACAAUUUGAAGAUAGAGAACAUAUUGUUGGAUGAGAGUGUUUCUGCUAAAAUCAGUAACUACAAUCUGCCAUUGCCAUUUCAGGUUGGUUCGGAGAGUCAUCUUCAUGGAGAAGGGAUUAGUAGUAAUUCCCAUCUAAGCAGUGCCGAAGCAGAGAAGGAAGAUAUUUACCAGUUGGGCAUUAUUCUACUUCAAGUUCUUACUGGUAGAUUGAUCAAAUCAGCUACCGAAUUGGAUGAGCUUAGGAUUCAGUUCGAAGAGGGCUUGAUAGAAGGACGAUCGACGCUACGAGAAAUAGUAGAUUCGUCAAUGAUUGGGAGUUUUGCGUAUCAGUCGCUGAAGACGGCAGUUGAAAUCACCGUCAAUUGUUUGAGCAGAGAUCUAAGCAAGCGUCCUUCCAUAGAUAACGUUCUUUGGAAUUUGCAGUAUUCGAUUCAAGUUCAGGAGGGGUGGACUAGCAGUGGAAACCUCAGCGCACAAAUGUAGUACUUCUUUAGCGGGAUUUACAGUUCUACUUGAUACUUGUUGGGCAACGUGUCCAUACGAAUAAAUCAAAGUCUAUAACAUUUCGUGUUUA